AGGCUAGAGGGCGUCAUAGUGCUUUCUGGGUUUUCAGCGCGCUUUCGACACUCGACCUCCUGAAGUCCUGGGUGAUGAAACAAGAGAACGCCGGCUGGGAGGAAGGAGAGGAGGAGCAGGAAGAAGUCGAAAAGCUGCUGGUCUGACUACAACACGGCACCACUGAGGCGACCAGCAAACGUUCCACCUGCUCGCGCCCGCGGGAUGUGCACUUCAAGUGUUGGAAACCGUCGAGAACCGUAUAUAUAUAUGAAGUAAAAAAAGUGAAGGUGUGAGGUGAUGAAAGUGAAGGAGCCAAGGAGAUAAAUAUCCCAGCAGCACAUUGGCACAAAAGUAGAAGGGCCGAGCAAGGAUGCUGGAGGCCGAUGCGGACCCGGCAGGUGCAGGAAUGGAAGGAGAAGUGGAGGCUGGCAUGGGGAGCAGAGACCUGAACGCUGAGGUGAUACGACUCACUUUGGAGCUGCAGGAGGCCACGGAGGAAAAGCUUCAGGCAGCGCGCUAUGGCCUAGUGGUGCUAGAAGAAAGUGCUGCUCUUAAGGUGAAACACAGGCAGCUGGAAGAAGAGCAUGAAGUCCUGAAAGUGGAGCUACAGCAGCUGAAGGAGGCUUUUGCUGAUUCCGUGAGCAGCCAGAAGCGCGCUGCUGCAGAUGGAGAGUGCCGGGAGGAGAAUCUGCUCCAGGAGACUGCCACGAAGGAGGCUGCCAUGGCAACACGCCUGGAGGAAGUUCAGGGAGAGCUCAAGCAAUCGCGGCUUGCUCUGGGCAACGCACACGCAGAGAUCGAUAGACUUGGGGUUGUCUCUAACCAGUUAAAGAAGGAGUGUGAGUGUCUGGAGGCAGAGAAGGGCCAUCUGAGGGAUGAGAUUAAGGAAUUCAAAGUGCGGGAGCUGCGUCUGUUGCAGGACAAUGGCGAGCUGGAGGAGGAAAACACGUCUCUGCAGAAACAGGUGUCUGUGCUGAAGGAAAACCAGGUUGAGUUUGAAUCAAUAAAGCUGGAGCUCAGCCAGAAGAACGAGGAGCAGGAGGAGCUGCGAGGUCAGAUGGACGAGGAGACAAGGUUGAAGCAGAUCGCGGAGAUGCAGCUGGACGAGGCCCUGGAAGCCCUGAAGGAGGAGAGGGAGCAGAAGAACAACCUUCGCCGAGAGCUCUCCGCCCUGACCCUGCACCCCUUCGAAGGUGUGGGGAACCUGGAGCUGCACCUGCAGCAGAUGGAUGACAGCCAGGAGCAGGGCCAGGGGGGGGAAGAGGGAGCGGGUGAGGGGGAGCACCGGGACAGCGGCUACAACAACAGUCCCGACUCUGCUCGCUCCUCUCACUCCAAAAGUAACGGCCUCAACCACUGCAGCUCUACACCUCGCAGCAGUGAUGUCAUCCUGCGUGCGCCGGCAUCUGGGCUGGUGUCAGAUCUGCUCAGUGAGCUACACUUUUCAGACAGUCAGAAACUGAAACAGCAACUCCUACAGGCAGAGCGAGAGAAGUCCACUCUGGUGAGCAAAGUCGAGGAGCUCCAAAUGCAGCUCAUGAUGUCCAAGCAGGCUCUCGGGCAGCAGGAAGACAAAGCCCUCACUCAACAACUGGAGGCCGUGCAGAGCCAGCAGCGCCACCAGGAGGCAGAGGACUGCGAAGACGCUGAGACGGCGGUCGACGCCGGCGAUAACGGAGUCUUUGACUACGAGGUGGACACCAAGAGCAAGGAGAUGCUGGAGGCACGCAUGCGCUCUGCCAGUGAGGAGCUGCUGAAGCUGAGGGAUGAACUGUCUCAGGCAGGAACGCGCUACAACACUCUGGAGCAGCGGUACAAGCAGGAGAAGGACCGCUGGAGGGGCGAGGCCCAGGAGCUGGCCGACAAGAUCCGUCAGUGCAUCAAGUCCAGCAAACAGGACCAGGAGCGCAUCAGUGAGCUGGAGAAGGAGAUCGGUGCCACGCGGAAGGUGGCGGUGGAUUCAGAGGGGCACCUGAGCGUCGCCCAGGAGGAGCUGCUGGCCUUCUCCGAGGAGCUGUCCAACCUGUACCACCACAUCUGUGUGUGCAACAACCUGACACCCAAACGCGUCACCCUCGACUACUACCGCGACGGCGCCAGGGCAGGUGGUGCAGCGAGUAUCGUGAGGCGACCGCACCACGUCCUGACCCAGCACACCACUCCGAAAAAGCCCCGAGCCAACGACAUGUUCAUCUCCAAGGCUGCAGCGCUGCAGUUAAUGGGGGAGGUGGACAGUGCUGGGACCAGUGGGGACUCUUCUAGUUGCCCCGGGUCGCCCACUCUGGAUUUCAGGGAUCCUUCCAACGUUUGCAACCUGGUAGCUGUCAUCCGCUGCCAGAUCAAACACCUGAGGGUGGCAGUGGACCUGUGUCGUCAGCGCGGCUCCACGCCGUAUUCCGGGCUCAGCAGCAGCGAAGAGUCGGAGCGAGACGCCGAGAGUCUGAUGGAGGAAGUCCUCAAACUCAAGUCUCUCCUUAGCACCAAGAGGGAGCAGAUUGCUACGCUCAGGACUGUUCUCAAGGCUAACAAGCAGACGGCAGAGUUGGCCUUGUCCAAUUUGAAAACCAAAUACGAGACGGAGAAGAGCCUGGUGUCGGAGACGAUGACGAAACUACGGAAUGAGCUCAAAGCUCUAAAGGAGGACGCUGCCACGUUCUCUUCACUCAGAGUCAUGUUUGCUAGUCGGUGCGACCAGUAUGUCACUCAGCUGGAUGAGAUGCAGAGGCAGCUGGCGGCAGCUGAGGACGAGAAGAAGACCCUCAACUCGCUCCUGCGUAUGGCCAUCCAGCAGAAACUGGCGCUCAUUCAGCGUCUGGAGGACCUGGAGACGCCCAUGUCUCCUCACAGCUUAAACAGCAGCCCCCGUCGCUCCAGGGCCAAAGAGCUGGCCAACAAGUCCGGCAGGGGCCCCCGCAGCCCGCGUAGCAGUCCCGCCAGGCCGCCGAUGAGGAGCAGCCCACGGGCCAGCCCGGUUCUUGGCAGCAGCGUUCCUGCCAUGGCCACCCACCAUCUGCGAGCUCUAACACGAAGCCUUCACACGAGUCCCCGUUGAAACACUUCUGCGAUCACUCCGAACCCCUUCUCCUCCAUAAGGACCUGUCUUCAUGUCGACUCCCCAGCUGUUCCUCCUCCUCCUCCUCCACUUCAUCCUGUUUAUCCUGACGUCCAUCACUCUGCAUUCAGGAAAGGCCGAUUUUAAACCAAUGUUAAAAAAAAAUACAAAAAAAAAAAAUCUCUCGUCCCUCUUCUUGGUCUUCUUCUGCGUGGAGUGGAGAAGCCUGCAUGCAGCCCACAGAAGGAUGAAGAGACCGAUGUGCUGCUCGUUGCUGUGUGAAGUCAGUGACUGUGUCGCGUACAGAGCGGUCGCACCAUUAACCCGACCUCCUCGGAGACUUGUGGUUGUGGUGACAGACCUCUGACGGUAUUUAUUUUUCUGAAGGAGACUUUUCCUGUGCAGUAUUACUGUCCUCAGCCUGUCCUCCGCUCUGGUUUGUUUUGAAGCUAAACAUCAUUACACUAUUACGCCUUCUGCCUGGCGUUCUGGUGAGGUCUGCGUGGAACCCUGUGGUACUCGUGGGCCUGUAGGUCAGCGGUUCCCAAACUGAACUUUAUUUUUCAUGCUCAAAAUAAAAUAUCAGAUUUCCUCACGUUGUAACAAAUCAAAACAUAGCGAAAUUAAAACUCUGUCUGGCUUGCUGCAUUUUUCCCACGACAGAUCCACGCCCCCCACUUUGGGAACCACUGCUUUAGGUCAUUUGGUAAAAAAAAAAACCCUUCCCCUUCCAGUUACUGAUGUUAUAAAACAAACAUAUUAAUGAAUUAUUUUUGUCCCGAGAGUUUUUAGUUUUCUGUAGUUUUAAUUUUUUUUUUAAUGUUUUUUUUUAACCAUGUCUUUUAACCUCCCUGUUUAACUACAGCUCAGUAAACAGACGGUGUCAGAUAAAGAAAUGGGUCAGGCCCACGUUUAUCACAGUAGGUCACUCCAUUCACAUGGAAUAUUACAGUGGUUCCUAAACCUGUUCUGCAGUGUCCUGCUUUUGCAGAUCGUGCACGGUCACAGCUCUGUGUUAAAACUCCACUGAUCUGAAUUCAAAACACUAAUUCCUACAGUAUUAUCAAAAAAAAAAUCAAUUCAGUGAAAAUGAAUUUUUUUCUAAUGUGACAUUUUUAGAAUAAAUAUUGAAUUUAACAUAUAUAUUUGCCUGGUUGCUCCUCAUCCCCCUGCGAUACCUCCGUCCACCGCCCCCCAGUUUGGGAACCCCUUGCAUUGACUCAUGUGUUGAAAAAAAAAAAAAAAAUCUCCCAGAUCGUGGUUUUAUAAAACCAAUCAGCCUUACUUUCUGACUAACCGACCUUAGUGGUUUCUGCGCUGACUGUUUCCCGGAGUCUUAGACCUGCUUUAUUUUUACUAGUCACUGGUCUUUUUAACCGUGUUCUUCAGCUACAGGCCAGUAAACAUGCAGUAAUAAGACACGGACACGUUGCAGUCGGCCGUGUUUUUACUAAUCAGUUCACCGUCUGUUCUCAUGCAUCGUUUGGGAGAUGAUAGAUGUGCGUCUCAUUGGCCAACUAUGCAGACUUCAUCAGUGAGGCUGACUGUGUUUCUCUGCUCCGGUUUAAGACCGGGAUUUAUAUCAAAACGUACCUCAACGUCUGGACUUCAUCUGUUGAUCCGCGGAGGCUUUUGAUGGAAUGUGUUACUUAUUGUUCUCACCAUUCAACAGUGUUACGUCACUAAAGAAAUUCCAGGCGCUCGGUUUUUACCUUAAAUGAACUCUUGGUCCACGUCCAGCUCUCCAACAGUAACAACCCGUCUGCGUCUCUGUCUGCGUCUGCUUGUUCUCCCUCCAUCUAAACAGUGACUCUGGUGUUGUUGUGCUUCAUCACUGACUCGUCCUCAUGUCUGCUGCUGAAAAUACGCAUGUCGCAGUGAAAUAUCCGCACUAACCACGAUGGCCACUUCCUCUUUUACGGUUCCUGCAAACUACUGAAAAAUGUGCUGCUCUUGAAAGAAUUAGCUAAUUGUUAUAGAUUAUGACCCAACAUUGCUAAAGAAGAAAAAAAAUUAAAAUGAAGAAGAAAAUGUUUGAAGAAGAAAUUCAAAUAAAACUUACAACCAUUUAACCAUGAAAACAUUAGUUGCUGGUACAGCCGUCUGAGACCAGGUGUGGUUUAAUGACCAGUGCAUGACUCAGCACAUCCACUGUACCAUGGACGAAGAACUCGAUCAAUGCAAAAAAAAAAAAAAUACAGUCAUCAAUUUUAUAGCCUGGGCCACAUGAUGCAAGAAGUGGUUUGUGCUCUUGCCUUACAGCAAGAAGAUCACCGGUUCGCUGGUUCGAUCCCCUGGUCUUUCUGUAUGAAGUUAACGUGUGUGUGUGAGUGUGUGAGGGUCCAGAAACACACAGAUUGGAAAUUAGUUCAGGAACUCGUUCACGCUAAAUUGAUCGUAGGUGUGAAUGUGAGUGUGAACACUUGAUUCUUUGCUUUUCAUUGAGAUUAUUUGUUUUAGUGCCUUUGUUUUGAUUCUCUGUUCUUAGACUACUGUUUUCUAACAAGGACACUGUUCAGACACUGACGUUGUGUUGCUGUUUGUUUGUUUUGUUUUUUUUUUUUUUUUUUUUGCUUGUUAAGUAAACCUGAGCAGUGUUAGCAAAAUAUUUUCACUUUAUAGUCGGCGUACCAGGGCAUUCUUAGCAAAGGAAAAUUCUCCUUUAAAUUUAAUUAUAAAAGAAAAAUCACUGAAUUAGAAGGAGUUCUUGUGUAAUUAUUAUCACAGUGAAAAUACUUCGUUUGAAGGUUGUUUCCCGUUGACUUUGGUUUCUCACAUCACUCCGUGCAGACGUGUGUGUGUGUGUGUGUGUAUAAUUUUAAAUACUACUGCUGUAUCAUAUCUCACUGUAUUUAUGACUGUAUUAUGUGUAUAUUGUUCUCGAAGACGUGCACACUCCACACCACGUCCCCGUUGGUCCUGGACUUUUUACGUGUAUUCAAGUUGACCUUCCAUUAACCUGUCAAACGCUUUCAACGUGAAGAAUAAAACGAGCCACAGCUGUGUAUCAA